CAGUUGCUUUGUUUGAGCUUUCUCCAUCUCUUUACUUUCUACACAUUCUGUCGUUUUACCAACUAUUCCGACUCUCUGCACUCUCCUUGCCGUCACCAUCUGUUUUCCCAAGCAAGCUAAAAGGGAGGGAAAAAAAAAAGAAACAGUCCGCCUUAGACGAAAUGGCAGACAUUGUUAUUACCAUUGCUGCAAAAGUUGCAGAGUACUUGGUUGCUCCAAUUGGACGCCAGCUUAGAUAUCUGUUUUGCUACCGGAGCUAUACGGAUGAUCUCAACAAGAAGGUUCAGGAGUUGGGGCGUGUGAGGGAUGACCUUCAGAGAACUGUUGGUGACGAAACGAAACGAGCGGGGUAUGAAAUCAGACCUAUUGUUCAAGAGUGGCUGAAUCGGGUAGAUGGGAUUACAGAGGAGGCAGAGGAAUUGAUGAAAGAUGAAAACAAGAGCUGUUUCAAUGGGUGGUGUCCUAAUCUCAAGUCACGGUACCUGCUAAGCAGGAAAGCAGACAAGAAGGCGCAGGUUAUUGUUCAAAUCCAAAAAGAAGGCAAUUUCCCUCACGGAGUAUCAGAUCGUGUCCCUUUACGGAACUUAACCUUUAAAAAUUAUGAACCUUUUGAAUCGAGAGCAUCGAUUUUGAGCAAAAUAAUGGAUACAUUCGGAGAUGAUGAGAUCAAGAUGAUUGGAGUAUGGGGGAUGGGCGGCGUGGGCAAAACCACACUGGUUAAACAAGUAGCCGAACAAGCUAAGCAAGGGAAGCUGUUCACAACAGAAGUCUACAUAGAUGUAUCCUGGACUCGAGACCUGGAAAAAUCUCAACAAGGAAUUGCUAAAAUUCAACAAAAAAUUGCAGAGAUGUUACAUUUGGAGUUUACGGGGAAGGAUGAAUCCACAAGAGCAGUUGAACUGAAGCACAGACUGAAGAAGGAGAAGAUCCUAAUUAUAUUAGAUGAUAUUUGGAAGGAGAUUGAUCUGGAGGAAGUUGGAAUUCCUUGUAAAGAUGAUCCGACAGAAUGCAAAGUAGUGUUGACGUCUAGAGAUCUACACCUAAUAAGACAAUACGUGGACGCAGAAACAUGUUUCCUAAUUCAACAAUUACCUCGGAAAGAAGCUUGGAGUUUAUUUAACAAGACAUCAGGUGGUUCCUUGGAGAAGAAUCUUGAGCUGCGACCUAUAGCCACCGAUGUAGUUGAAGAAUGCCACCAAUUGCAAUUGUAA